AUGAUCGCAUGCCGCUCAUUCACGCCUUUUCGUCCUGGGGGCGGUUUGGCCACCAACGCUCGUUCAUCCAUCUCCGGUCUCAAUGGAUAUUCGUCCCAGCAAACAAGGUCUUUCUUUGAUUCUCUCCUCAAUUCGACACUGGGAUCUUGCCCGUUACGCUCAUUAACACAUACGAAGCGCCUACCAUACCCACCGGCACUAAUUUUCAAAGCUGUUUCCGAUGUUUCGGGCUAUCCAUCAUUUCUACCGUUCACCAUCUCGUCCCAUGUGACAUCCCGGGAUGCAGCAGGCUAUCCCACACGUGCCAAACUGAAAGUCGGUUAUGCCAAGUUUGGAUUGGAGGAAGAUUGGGAUAGCGUCGUCUCUUGUGAUCCGGGAAAAGGACUGGUGGAAGCAAGGAGUAGCGAUGAGAAUAGCAAUGGUUUAUUCGAAGUAUUGAAUACCAAGUGGCACAUUGCUCCCAUGGACCCGGCCAGCAAAGACGGCACUUCUGUCAAACUGAACGUCGAUGUUAAAUUUCGAAAUCCGAUCUACGACCAGAUGUUUUCUCAGGUCGAAGGAAAGGUUGCAAGUACGAUGAUAUCUGCAUUCGAGAAGAGGGUCGAAGAACUCCAUCGGAAGGAAGGGAAAUAA